AUGCAAUUGUACGAAGACGUGUAUAUCUUUGACUCUCUCAUUUCAGGCUAUAGACAUUAUCAGAGUAGUUUUACCUCUUACAAUCUGCUCUUUUGGCUAUAUAUAUAUCACAUUGUGGGGCUUUUCAUUAACCUUGGUCCGAUCGAGUAUCUCAUUACUAGUAAUGAAGUAUUGCAGAAAACUGGAUCCAAGAGGAGAAGUCGCAAACGCUUAAAUCUUGAAGACCUUUCUGAUGCAGAAUGCAAGAAAGGAUUCUGCUUCACUUUUCCAGAGAUAAAGCGAAUGUCUGCUUUCAUUAAUUUGGAUAAAAUUCUAUCGUUUAGACGCAGUGAGACUUAUUAUAUUAAAUUUCGAUGUGAAUUUGCCUUUGCAUUGGUUUUGUACAGAUACGCAUUCCCACGUCGAUAUUGUUCAAUGGAGAGAAUGUGGGGAAUUAACGAGAAGAACUUGGCUUGCACAGUAAACCAGUUCUCAGUUCUACUUUUUGACAUCUUUAAGCAUGGGUUUGAGUUUGACUCGCGAAAAUUCUCUGAAGAGAACUGCGAGAGUUUUUUAUGCUGCCGUGUUUGCAAAAAGCGGUAUAUACCCAAAUGUAAUUGGACUUAUCGACGGCACAAUGCAGAGGGUCUCUCGCAUAACUAUAAACGAGGAGCAGAAACACAUCCAUUGUCUGAAAUACCAGGCGAUUGCCAUCCCCGAUGGAAUCACAACAAUGACGCGAAAAUCUUUGACCAGUCAAAGACCCUGCAGAGACCUAUUGCUCAUGUGGAUCAUAUGCAGCCAGAAAAUGACCCAGAUCUCAAAUAUGCUUUAUAUGGUGACCACGCAUACAAGAAAUUGCUCAAGAUGACCGCAGAAAGGAAUGGAAUACUGCGCAAUCCUGUUAGAAACAUCAUUGUCGAUGAUUUACUAGAAUACUGCCUUGCAGUUAACAAAGAGCAUGGGAUUUUACCAAUUGUUAUUGCCUUUGGUAUACACCCUACAAAAGAAAAUGCAACCAACGAUUUAGUAGAAAGUAGCCAAAUCAUAUACGAAAGAAUAUCCUUCAAGGAACGUGCCGAUGAGACAGUACAACUGCUUUAUAGUAUUGCAAAACAAAUUUCUGUAAACGAAGUUACCUUGGAAGAACGAACAAUCGACGUUCUUUUGAAUAUGUGUUUUCAUAAAAUCAGAAAAGCACUAGAGCUUGAAGAUGUGGAAGAGCCAAGAAAACGCACAAGAGAGUAUACAAGAAGAUGGGUAUGCAUAUUUGGAAACACGCGAGACAAAGUAUCGACAUACAUCUUUGUCUGGACCUUUAGAUCUACCAGAAGAAGCAAAGAAAAAGAAAAAGGAAAACUUCUAAACAAACACUAA